UUAUACAUCACAACUAAAAAGAAAAGCUUUAACAAAAUAUUUAACAGAAGCAAAAUGAGCAAUUAUAUUCUCAAAAUAUUUUAUGUAUUGCAAUUGCUUUUAUUGCUUACCUCAGGAUCCACUCAUGAGUUCAAAAAUACUACAAUUGAAAGUGUUGAAUUAAAAUGCAUAGAAAAGGAGAAACAAGCACUCCUCAAGUUCAAACAAAGCAUCAUUGACGACUCUUACAUGCUGUCUACAUGGAAGGAUGAUAACAAAGAUGGAGACUGCUGCAAAUGGAAAGGAAUUGAGUGCAAGAAAGAAACAGGCCAUGUGAAGAAACUUGAUCUUCGUGGUGAUGAUUCGCAAUUCUUGGCAGGUUCAAUUGAUUUCACUUGGUUGAUUGUCUUGCAAAAUAUGGAAUAUUUGGAUCUUAGCUAUAAUUUAUUUCAAGGCAAUCUUUUUUCAGAACAAAUAGGCUCACUUACCAAGUUAAAGUAUCUCAAUUUCUCAAAUUCUUUUGUUGGUGGGAGGAUUCCUUAUCAAAUUGGAAAACUUUUAGAUCUUGAAUAUCUAGAUCUAAGUGAGAUGUUUUAUGGUAUAAACGGAGAAAUCCCUUCUCAACUCGGGAAUCUUACACGUUUACGAUAUCUCAACCUAAGAGAUAACGAAAAUAUUGUUGGAGAAAUCCCUUGUCAACUUAGAAAUCUCUCACAACUACAGUACCUUAAUCUUGAAGGAACAUCUCUUACUGAACUAAUCCCUUUUCAACCAGGGAAUCUUCCCGUUUUGCAAACUCUUAAACUUGAUGUGUAUUUUGAUCUUACAAAUGAUAAUAUAAAAUGGUUGUCUACACUCUCUUCUUUAACAAGUCUUUCCCUCAGCGGACAAUAUCGUAGGUUUGUCUUUUUUCACUACUUGCAGCAAACAAUCAUGAAGUUUAUUCCAAACUUAAGAGAGUUGAGGUUAGUUGAUUUUGGUCUUAUAGAUACUGAUGUCGUGUCUUUGUUUCAUUCUCAUUCUAACUUUUCCAAUUCUCUUACCAUCCUUGAUUUCUCUGCCAAUAUGUUGACAUCAUCAGCUUUUCAAUUCUUGUCAAAUAUUAGUCUUAAUCUUCAAGAGCUUCAUCUUUCUGGAAACAAUGUUGUUUUGUCAUCUCAUUUCUAUCCAAACUUUCCUUCUCUUGUCAUCCUUGACCUCUCAAAUAAUAAUAUUUCAUCAUCCCAAUUUCCAGGUAUCCGCAGUUUUAGCUCCAAAUUGCAAGAGCUUCAUCUAACAAAUUGCAUGCUUACAGAUAAAAGUUUUCUUGUGUCAUCUACUUCAGUUGUGAACUCUUCAUCUUCCCUUCUCAUCCUCGAUCUUUCCUCAAAUAUGCUGAGAUCAUCAGAAAUAUUUUUAUGGGCUUUUAACUUUACCACUAAUCUUCAUAGCCUUGACCUCUUUGGUAACUUGUUAGAAGGUCCCAUUCCAGAUGGAUUUGGGAAAGUAAUGAACUCUCUUGAAUUUCUUGUACUCGGAGAAAACAGUUUACAAGGAGAGAUCCCAGCUUUCUUGAAACAUAUUAAACAUUUGGAUUUAUCUAAUAAUAGAAUAACAGGAGUGCUACCUGAAAGCAUCAACUUGCUAUCUGAGUUGGAGAAUCUUAACUUGGAGGGCAAUGCUUUGGAAGGUGAAAUCAAUGAAUUACAUCUCACCAAUUUUUCCAAAUUGAAAGUAUUAUCCUUAUCAUACAACUCAUUAUCCCUAAAGUUUCCCCAUAGUUGGGUUCCUCCUUUCAAAUUAACAUCUUUGAAGUUGGCAUCUUGCAAGCUGGGUUCAAGCUUUCCAAGUUGGCUCCAAACACAAAGAUCCAUACUGCGACUUGAUAUUUCUGAUACAGGGCUUAAUGGUGGCGUACCCGAAUGGUUUUGGAACAACUCGCUAAAUAUGAUAUUAAUGAAUAUGUCGCACAACAAUCUAAUCGGCACAAUUCCAAAUUUUCCAUAUAAGCUUUCUCAAAUAUCGGCUGUAAUUUUAAAUUCAAAUCAAUUUGAGGGUGGAGUUCCUUCCUUUUUGCUACAAGUUUCAAUUCUACUGCUCUCCGGAAAUAAAUUUUCACAUUUGUUUUCAUUUUUAUGUGAUAAAAAUGCACCAGCAACAAACUUGGUCACUCUAGAUUUAUCAAACAAUCAAAUCGAGGGACAGCUUCCUAAUUGUUGGAAUUCUGUAAACACAUUAUUGUUUCUUGAUUUGAGAAACAAUAAACUUUCGGGGAAGAUUCCACAGUCCAUGGGCACCCUUGUUAAAUUGAAAGCUUUGGUUUUAAGAAAUAAUAGUUUGACUGGUGAAUUGUCUUCCACUUUGAAGAACUGCAGAAAUUUAAUGUUGUUGGAUGUAGGUGAAAAUUUGCUGUCUGGCUCAAUUCCAUCAUGGAUAGGAGAAAACAUGCAACAAUUGAUAAUCUUGAGCUUGAAAGGGAAUCACUUUUCUGGAAAUAUUCCUAUUCGCCUAUGUUAUUUAAGGAAUAUUCAACUUUUGGAUCUUUCAAGAAAUAACUUAUCAGAAGGAAUUCCAACAUGCUUAGAGAAUUUUACAUCAUUGUCAGAAAAGAGCAUCAAUACUAGUGAAACUGAAAGUCACAUGUAUUCGACAAGUCAAGGCUACUUUUACGAUUAUGGUGUAUUUUUCAAUAGUUAUACGUUUAACAUACCUUUAUUCUGGAAAGGUAUGGAACGUGGGUUCAAGCAUCCAGAGAUGCGUCUUAAGAGCAUUGAUCUUUCAAGAAAUAACUUAACAGGUGAAAUACCAAAAAAGAUUGGAUAUUUGGUUGGAUUAGUCUCUUUGAAUUUAUCAAGAAACAAUUUGAGCGGAAAAAUCCCAUCUGAAAUUGGAAAUUUAGUUUCACUGGAUUUCCUCGACUUGUCAAGAAACCAUUUCUUUGGUAAAAUUCCUUCAACUCUUUCCAACAUCGACCGGCUGGAAAUUUUAGACUUGUCAAACAACUCUCUCUCCGGAAGAAUCCCUUUUGGCAGACAAUUGCAAACCUUAGAUCCCUCAGGUUUUGAAGGAAAUCUUGAUCUUUGUGGUGAACCACUUGAACAAAAAUGUCCCGAAGACACGACAACAGUAAAUCCUCAAGGGUCAGAAAUUCAUGGUGAAGAUGGCAAUUCAGUUUUCCAUGAAGGAUUUUACAUGUGCUUGGGGAUAGGCUAUUUCACAGGUUUUUGGGGAUUAUUAGGGCCAAUACUACUUUGGAGACCUUGGAGAAUUGCUUAUAUAAGGUUCUUGAACAAGCUGAUAGACUAUAUAUAUGUAUUCGUAGCAAUCAAUGUGACAAGGUUCCAAAUGUGGCUCAAACACUAGAAGUUUACAUCAUCCUAGUAGCAAGCAUUGAGAGUUGCUGGACUGGAAGGGAAAAUAUUCUGUUGUAUAUAAUGACAAGCAAAAUCAUUGUUCCAUGAAGCUUUGUUAGUUCUUUCUUGAAUAAUGUUUGUAUUCGAGAUGUAAUUUCCAUUUCUGUCGAAUCUGUUAAAAGUAUCAAACA